AGCAAAAGCACCUUCAGGAAUUAACAGAAAGAGAAGCAACACUUUUAAUAGAAUUAAAAAAAAUUAGAGAAGAGCGACAGAAACUUUUAAGCGAACUUUCUACCGAAAACAUCUACUCAGAAACUCCUGCAACCUCUACUUAUUCUUCUCAGUCGACUGAAGACUUUGUAGAGUCUUCAUAUUUUACUGCUACUAACGCACCAGUGGAUCUCACUCUUUCCUCCAACCAACUAAAACCUUUCUGGAACCCGGAAUCUUGUCCGAUAGUAGUUGACAACGGUUCUGGCGUGUGCAAAGCUGGAUUUUGCACGUCUCCAAUCCCCACCUGUCGCUUCUCUUCGGUGGUUGGCCGGCUGCGUUAUAGAGAAAUAAUAACACCUGAACUUUUAGUAAAAGAUCGCUAUGUCGGGGAUGCAGCCCAAUCAAAAAGAGGAAUUCUUAAAAUAGAAUACCCUAUUGAGCACGGUGUUAUCACGAACUGGAGCGACAUGGAGCUCAUUUGGGAUCAUUGUUUUUACGACCAACUGCGGACCAAUCCGGAAGAGCAUCCGGUCAUGCUCACGGAAGCAGUAAAUAACCCAAAAAAUAACAGAGAAAAAAUGGCGGAAAUUAUGUUUGAAAAAUAUGGAGUGCCGGGGCUGUUCAUAUCUAUGCAGGCAUUACUUUCCUUGUAUGCUUGCGGGCGCACGAGUGGGCUUGUGGUUGAUAUUGGCGACGGCGUGACUCACACUGCCACUGUUUUCAACGGCUGGUUGCUUCCACAUUCUUCUCUAAGAAUGAACCUGGCAGGCCGCGAUCUCACAGAGCGAAUGGUGAGACUGUUAGCCGAAAGAGGCUAUCAGUUCACUACAACUGCUGAAAGAGAAAUAGUUCGCGACAUAAAAGAAAAACUUUCUUAUGUGGCAUUUAACUAUGAAGAAGAACUGGCCAAUGAAGAACGAGACAGUAUUGCUGAUGAUUCCUAUACGCUACCAGACGGCCAGGUCAUCUAUGUUGGUUCCGAAUCAUUUCGAUGCACAGAGGCCCUCUUUAAACCCAGUUUAGUCGGCAUGGAAGAUUCGGGAAUUCACGAGCUCACGUACAAGUCAAUAUUUAAGUGCGACAACGAGAUUCGCAAAGACAUGUACGCGAAUAUUGUGCUUUCUGGAGGCACCACGAUGACUCCAGGCCUCCAAGAACGACUUACUAAAGAACUUUCCUUAUUGGCUCCGCCCGAUUGCACUGUAAACCUGUACGCACCCGCAGACCGAAAUAACAGCGUCUGGAUUGGCGGAGCCGUGCUGGCUUCGCUUGAUUCGUUCCUUCCCAUGUGGGUUACCUCCACCGACUACAGCGAGCGCGGCUUCGUUGCAGUUCAUGAAAAAUGCAAUGUCAUUGAAUAACCACGUGGGUAAAUCUUGCAAUCCAAUAAAAGGGAUUUGUUUUUCCAUGCUACCACUUUACGCGUCGUUUCCUGCCGGAAUAUUUGGAAUCAGGGCGGACAGCAAUCCGGCCUUGUUUUCU